CUGCAUAUUGACCUAAUGACUCAUGUGUUGCUGUGUCAGAUGGCAGAGGGAGACAAAAACAUGCCAGGUGGAGGCAAAAAGCUGCCAGGUGGAGACAAAAAGCUGCCAGGUGGAGACAAAAAGCUGGCUGGUGGAGACAAAAAGCUGGCUGGUGGAGACAAAAAGCUGGCUGGUGGAGACAAAAAGCUGGCUGGUGGAGACAAAAAGCAGGCAGGUGGAAACAAAAAGCAGGCAGGUGGAGACAAAAAGCAGGCAGGUGGAGACAAAAAGCAGGCAGGUGGAGACAAAAAGCAGGCAGCUGGAGACAAAAAGCAGGCAGCUGGAGACAAAAAGCAGGCAGCUGGAGACAAAAAGCAGGCAGCUGGAGACAAAAAGCAGGCAGGUGGAGACAAAAAGCAGGCAGGUGGAAACAAAAAGCAGGCAGGUGGAAACAAAAAGCAGGCAGGUGGAGACAAAAAGCUGCCAGGUGGAGACAAAAAGCUGCCAGGUGGAGACAAAAAGCUGCCAGGUGGAGACAAAAAGCUGCCAGGGGGAGACAAAAAGCUGCCAGGGGGAGACAAAAAGCUGCCAGGGGGAGACAAAAAGCUGCCAGGGGGAGACAAAAAGCUGGCAGGGGGAGACAAAAAGCUACCCAAGAAGGCGCACACGAGCCGUAACCCGGUCCUGGCCCGGGGUAUCGGCCGUUACUCCCGCUCGGCUAUGUACGCGCGCCGCGCUAUGUACAAGAGGAAGACUAAGAUGACCGAGACAAAGGUGGAGAAGAAGCUCAAAACGAAACGCCGAACCGUAGUUGUCAAGACCGUUGGCGGUGACAAGAAUGGAGGCACCCGUACUGUCAAGCUUCGCAAGAUGCCCCGGUACUACCCCACAGAGGACGUCCCCCGCAAGUUGAGGAGCCACGGGAAGAAGCCCUUCAGCCAGCACAGGAGGCGGCUGCGCUCCUCCAUCACACCGGGCACCGUCCUCAUCCUGCUCACCGGCCGCCACCGCGGGAAGCGCGUGGUCUUCUUGAAGCAGCUCUCAAGUGGUCUCCUGCUUGUCACCGGCCCCCUUACCUUGAACAGAGUCCCCCUGCGCAGGAGUCAUCAGAAGUUUGUCAUCGCCACCACCACCAAAGUGGACAUCACCGAGAUGAAAAUCCCCAAAACGCUCAAUGACAUCUACUUCAAGAAGAAGAAGCUGAGGAGACCGCGUCACCAGGAGGGUGAAAUCUUUGACACAGAGAAGGAGAAGUACCAGCUGACUGAGCAGAGGAAGGUAGACCAGAAGGCUGUGGACACUCAGCUCAUGACACUUAUCAAGAAAGUUCCCCAGCUCCGAGGAUACCUGCGUGGUUCCUUCUGCCUUUCUAAUGGCGUAUUUCCUCACAAGCUGGUUUUCUAAGUGUGUUAAUAAAAGUUAAUCUUACACAGCUA